UUAAUUUUGGAGGGGUCAAAUGCAUGCCCGUUGGAGACGUUUCCGGCGCACAGCGACCUUCGCCACCAAAAUAGCAACCAACAAGACCGAGUCCAUACCUCUCUAACAAAACCUACCUUACGUUUUUCUCCGCGGAAACCUCUUCAAUCUCUGCAGUUUUUCUAUUCCGAAAAGCAUUAACAGCAAGAAAGAGUAAUAGAUAGAGAAAGAGAGAAAGAAGCUCUCUCAUUCCUUCGCCGCAUGGGAAACCCCAUCCACCCCAUCCCCUCUCCAUCCCCUCGGCCGCCGCCACCCACCACCGCCUCCGCCGCAACAUCGCGCACGAGCGGUGCCACCGCCGCUUCCUCCGACGAUGGAGCUCCGCAGCAACCGAUGCUCAAGCGCACCCCCAUCUCCCUCGUGCAACCACCCCGGCGCCGGCGCCCGAUCCGCCUCUCCCGCCCCCUCCGCGUCUUCCGCUCCCUCUGCCGCACCCUCCCCAUCUUCUCCCCCAAAUGCGGCCACCUCCCGGCCCCGUGCAAGCUCCCCUCCCCAGCCCUCUACCCUUCUUCCUCCUCCGACUUCCACCUCUCCACCUCACACCGCCACCACCACCACCACAACCACCACCGCUCCUCCUCCUCCUUCUCCCCCUCCACCCGCGUCACCGGCACCCUCUUCGGUCACCGCAGGGGCCGCGUCUCCCUCUCCCUCCAGCAGAACCCGCGCUGCCUCCCCUCCCUCGUGGUGGAGCUCGCCAUGCAGACCCAGGUGCUCCUCCGGGAGAUGGGCUCGGGCAUGGUGCGCGUGGCGCUCGAGUGCGAGAAGCGCCCUGGCGGCGGCGGCUGCGGCAACGGCAAUGGCAAUGGCAAGGACCGGCAGAAGCGGCUCCUCGAGGAGCCGCUGUGGACGAUGUUCUGCAACGGGAAAAAGAGCGGGUAUGGCGUGCGGAGGGAGGCGACGGAGGAGGACUUGGCGGUGAUGGAGACGCUGAAGCCGGUGUCGAUGGGGGCCGGCGUGAUGCCGGCGCCCGCGAGACCGGAGGGCGCCGACGGGGCGAUGGCGUACGUGAGGGCAUUUUUCGAGCACGUGGUGGGGUCGAGGGACUCGGAGACGCUCUACAUGAUCAGCCCCGAUGGCGGGAACGGCCCCGAGCUCACCAUCUUCUUCAUCAGGAUUUGAAAAAAAGAAAAAAAAAAAAUCAAUAACGGUCGUUUCUUUUGAAUUUUAUAAUUUGAUUGUAUAUGCUUCCUAUAUAUUGUUAGCAAAUGAGAAAUGACAGGCGUUAAUUUGAUUGGUUCGUCGCUGGUGUACGUAGCUGAGUCCGAAUUUUACCACGCGUGCGUCAAUCGUGUAUAUUAGGAUAAGAUUUAUUUAAUUAGG